GUGGCUUUCGACAUUGCCGCCUACGUGCAAGGACAGACAACGUUGGCGAUGAGUGAGUUGGCCGAGCAGUUGCAGGCGCUUGGCAUUCGCGUUGAACCCACAGAUGCCGUAUUCCGCACAGGCAGCGACAAUCACGACUACGCGCAUGGGCUCCAGUCGUGCAUCCCACAGGAAGUCCAUUUCAUGAACGCGGAGCUGCGCCACUGCCACAUCAUGGGCGUCGGUGUGUUGCCAUGUUUAUUCUCUGGGUCUGGCCACGUCUACGAGUUUGUGCGAACGCUGCGCAAGUGUAUCUACGGCAAAGUGAAGCACGCCGUCCAGCUUCGUGUGCAUCCCAAUGGGAACGGCACGUUCGUCCGCACCAAUGUCGAAGUUGCCAUCAAGGUCAUGAGUAAAGCCAUCAUCGAGCAGGGCAAUUUGCAGGAAAACCCACUCGUCGAGCUCGCGACGCAGCAAUACUUGUCCACUCCAGGCCAUCCACACGUUCUCACUUUGGUGGAAUGCUUGCACGACCCCGAGUUUAUCUACGCUGUGCUGCCGUUCUGUCGCGGUGGUGAACUCUUUUCCCUUGUCGAAACGGGCGGCGCCAUGGACGAAGACGAGUGCCGGCAUUGGUUUGGCCAGGUCCUUCGCGGCGUCGCGUACCUUCAGAGUCGGUACAUUUGCCACCGCGACAUGUCUCUCGAGAAUGUCCUCCUCGACGGCAACACGUCCAAGAUAAUCGACUUUGGGCUGUGCGUGGGUAUCCCAGUUGACGCGAAUGGCAUGACGUACGCGCUGCCGCCGUCCGGGGCCGUGGGCAAGAUCUUUUACAUGCCGCCAGAGAUAUACCGAAACCAAGUCCCGUUCAACGGGUUCGCCGCCGACAUUUGGUCGAUGGGCGUGAUGCUGUUCAUUAUGAUCACCGGUGCCCCGCCGUUCGAGCGGCCAGACGACAUGGACCCGCGCUUUCAGAUGAUUGCCACGGGCCGCAUGAACGAAAUGCUCGACUCGUGGGGAAUGACUCAAGUCUCGCCGUCCGUGCGCGACCUGCUGAAUGGACUGCUUGUUGUACAAGACCCCCGCCGACGCCUCACGUUAGAUCAAAUUAUGCAGCACCCGUGGGUCGGCGGGUCCUCGUGAUAUGGCCCUUGGGCCCCACCACAUGCCACAGCAACACCAUAAAGUAUUAUACCAAUCGACUCGGCCAUGGAUUGUGCUAGUCAUCGUGCGUGAGCUCCGUAUCCAAAA